CUCCUCCUGUGCGAACAAUGCGAGGGUGCGCAUGAGGUAGACAGGGAAGAAUGAAUAACAGAUGUUUGGGGGACAUCAGGCCACGCAUGAUCACACAAGCACACAAGGAGCCGAGCUGCGCAUGUAAUCACAGCUUCAAUCUUUGUCAAGUGGAAUUGGUAUUUACUACAGUACUUUUAGUUAAAAGUUCCCCCCCCUCUCCCCGCAUCAUGGGUUGCUCAUCAUCCAGUGCGCAGAAUGUAGAUCAAGAAAAGAAACCAGGUACGAAGCCCGAAGAGAGCAAUGGAGGCCCAUUGGCUGUUCGGAACGGCAUCAUCGCAGAGACCAUUGAGAACAAAACACAGUUGUGUGAAAGUGCCUUAGCAGAUGAUCUUCAGCAGGCAGCUGACGAUGGCACAGGGGCAGCGGUAGUGGUUACGCAAGGCCAGGAGGACCUUCGCUCUGGGCAGGACCUAAUGACCGAGCUUGAGCCACAACCAGAUCCUUUCAGUGUUCAAGAGCCUGGUUCAGCUGCUGGCCCAGUAGAAGCCUCCAGUGACUGUGGAUUUGCUGAUGUUGCUGUAGAAGCCGUGGGACCUCAGAUGGUCAAAUCCCUUUCGGUGGAGGAGAUCCCAACCAUGGGAGAGAGUGUAAUGGAACAAGCAGAAGUCCAUUCCAUAGAAGAUUCUGAAACUUGUAAAACAGAGGUUCCUGUCCUGAAAGAUGAUGAUGUGAUAAAGGGUGAGGUACCUGCUACCAAAGAAAUACAUGCUGAGAGCCCUACUACAGAUAUUGAACCUGUCCGAGCUGAUGUUCCCGCUGUUGUCGAACUGGCAUCUGUUGUCCCAGCCUGGGCUUCUCCUGAAGCUGCCAACACUGUUGCUGAGCCUUUGGGAGCAAAUAUGCAGGAGGCAGUGCCUGAGGUCCCUGAUGAAGUGGUCCCAUUUUUAGAGACUGCAAGUGAAAGUUCUCUAUCGCCUCCAGCUUUAGUCAUACCUGAAUCUCCUGCUUCAACCGGGUCUGCGCCAAAUGAAGUUGAACCACCAGCUGGAGCAACAGCAGGAGAUGCUUCAGUCGAAGAUUCAACCACUGCUAAGUCCCCUGAGGCAAAAGAGGCGAUUAUAGAUACAGGAAUUGCAGUGGCGACCAUUCCGGAGAUGCCUCCUUUGGCUCGGCUUGGAGAUGAGACACAAGAUGAGCAGCGACCUACUGCCGAAGAGUCCAAUGAAUCUAUUGUGAUGCCUUCAGAAAUUGCUCAACAAUCAGAACCCUCAAGUCCUACAGAAUCAACCGCACUUCAGGAGCCUGCCUUGGUAGCUCAAGAACAAGUCCUCGAGAUUCCAGUAUCUUCAAGAUUACUUUUGGAAACCUCUUCAAAGGAAGCCUCAGAAUUUUCAUCAACCUUUGGAGCCUCUCCAUCUUCAGUGACAAGUGAUGCAGCUCAACCUACAGAAGUAGAAAUGGAAGCCAAUUCACCAGUCACUGCUGCUGAUCAAGCCUCUGAAACCUCAACUGAAGGUAUAAACUAAAAGAAGACCUUUUGGGUGCUCUUUUAUUGAACUCUGACAAAAACAAAGUUGAGACGUUUAGUUGACUCUUUGUUUGUUUGUUUGCUUGCUUGAUAAACCAAUAUGCAUGAAAUGGAGCUUCUUCUGCAUGUGUCAAGCAGGAUCUCAUUAAAUGUCAGUAAAAAUCAAUAGUAAUGCAGACAGAUUUUCACUCUUGGCUGUUUGGGACCGUUUAACUCGGUCCCAGAAUGAAAAUAUUAAAGCUGGCCAUCAGUUACAAAUGUCUGAGUCCACUGUCAUAAACCGGAAAUUAGCCUGCUAACUAAUAAACGGCAGGGUGAACGGCUUUUCACUUUUGCUUACACAAGUUGAUUCAUGGUGGAAUUAUUCUUGACAUUCUUUACUGUAUAGCAAUCAUGAAGUGAAUCGUGUAACGAAGUCAAAGUCUUCGUUGAGAAUGACAGCUACCGGAGAACUUGAUUUGGAGGUGUCAUUCUCCAUUUCAACCUGUUUAAUGGCUGACAAAUGCUGACAAUCAUUUUGGGGAGCGGUCCGAGCACUACGAUGUUAUCACCGACUGAAAUCGGUGACUAACCUGUGCAAAGUUGGUCAUUCAACACAUGUCCAAACACAUUUAGACUUCAGAGAAACAAACAACGGGAAAAGAGAGUUCUCUAAGCAUGUAAACAUUGAGUAAGGUUGACAUUCACUAUGGCAAAAGUUUGAUGAUUGUUGCCAUGCAGAAAACUAACACAUGGUUGGCUAGUAACCCCAAACACACAAUGAAUUGUUCCACUGUGUUUGAAAUGAAGAAUCCAACAACCCCUUGCUCGCAUACGGUCUUGUCUGAACUACAUUGUUUGCAGCAGACAAGACAUUGUUGGUCUCACACACACACGCACACACACACACACUCACACACACACACACACCAUGUAAUUCUUGUCUUGAGUGAGUUUUCCGUGGCAGCAUUUUGUCAGUGCAACAGACUCAGUCACGCAACUCUCACUGUGCACUGUUUAGGCCCUGCUGCUUCUUUUAUGUAAGACAAAUAUUCAGCAAGUCUAACCUGAUGGCAACCAGCCAGCCAGCCAGGCACAUUCUGAGAAUCUUGGGGCGUUCGGGUAUUCAGCUGGUUCAACUGCAUGAUAUACUAUGCAGUGCAGAUGCUUUAAGCCACCAUUAGAAAUGUAAAAUAUUGUUAUAUUUUGAAAAGGACAUCAUGGUUUGUCCCAUUGAAUCAUGGUAAUGUCUAGCAUUGACCACAUAAGAACAUUCAAAUUAGUGAUACAUAACGAAUGUUGAAUAUGCCUGUGCUGAGAAAGGGUAUGAAUCAUGUUGGGAAUUGAAUUGAAUGACUUUUACAGAGUACUGACUCCUCCUUAUUGUUUGGAAUGAUUCUGCGUAGGCUUCUUUUUAUUUCUUCAAAUCCUUUCCUGACAAGUUUGAUAAAUGGUUGGUAUGUAUGAAAUAAUCAAAGUUGAUAUUAAGUCAAUGGAAAAGAAAAAAAAAACGACAGACAUAAUCAAAUAUUUGGUGACCAUAGUAACCCUUUAGCUUCAUUUAUAGAUGAUUAACAAGCGGUCAGACGCCUCAAAUGAGAGAGACCAGAGUAGACACGGCUCCCUCUGCCACCUUGGCCGGGUGCAUUCCUUACCCUCACAAUUUAGAUGCUCAUUCAAGCAACACGUGGCAACACUUAACCAAUUGCAUCACUUUGCUGCUCUGUGUUAACCUCUUAAACGAGUGCAUUGUAUUUGUGUUGUUUAAAAAAAAAGGCAACCGCUUCCUUCAACAUAGGUAGCCAGUAAAGGAUGUCUUGUAAAUGAAAAUAUCAAUUGACUUUUCCUGUGUGUGUGUGUGUGUGUGUGUGUGUGUGUGUGUGUGUGUGUGUGGUUAGUAGUCUCAGCAGCAGAGUGCCAUCAGGGUAUGGAGAAGGAAAGGGCCAAAAAGGAAGACUGAAUUGGUAAGAAAAAAACAAACAAGUGGACUGUGACCCACUGUCUCCCGAGCCAGAAUAACAACUCGAAGCAUUAGACGCACAUUACUCAGUCAAACUAACCUCAUGUACAGUAAUAGCCAGAUGUUUGGGGCGGUAAUGCAGUUACAAUUACUAGUAGUCAUAAAUGUUCUUUUUUUUCUCCCUAAAUUAUCUUUCAGACAGAGGAAAACUGCUAAAAAAAAAGGAAAAACACCCAAAGCUACAAAUACAAAGGCAACCGAAGGAAAAAGGUGCUGCGGGAACAAAACCAACUUACCUUUGUCAGUAUCAUCUGAUCUGAUAAAUUAAUACUCAUUGUUGCUUCAUUUGUCAUUUUGUAGAACAGGUUUCAAACACGAAUAAUAAAACGAUGAACAUUCACAGAUAAAAACAGAUUAAUAGUGUCAGUAACAUGAUGUUCGGUUCCAAAAAAAAAAUCAUUUGUAAAAUGUUAGGUCACCUUUCAGAAUGGGCAGAAUUUGGUGUGUAUGUAAUAUGUUUGUGCUAUAAUUUCUACUUUGGUUGGUGUUUUAAUAUGAAAGUAUCUGGAUUUUUGUCUUGUCUGCCCCCAAACUUUUUUCUGAUACCCCUCUCACUCAUACCAGUUGAUGAUCCUCCCAAAGUAGACUGUAACACAACUAAUUUUAAGAUGAAAAUAAUGAAAUAAUUUUAAUGAUAAAUAAAAUACUUGUACGUUUAGCGUGAAAAAUGGACCAAACUAGCCAGAAUAACCUUUUUUUUAAAAGUAUUUUAAUAGCGUUACUAUUGCGGUGGAGGUCACAAACCGUUUGUGAAAUUGAACUCACCUUUCUCAAAUGUGUGGUGAGUCACAGUGACUUUGUGAUUUAACAAGGCUGGGCAAUUAUGCUUUCACAGGGGGUCCGAAAGGUAUGGAUUUUUUUUUGUGCUUUAAUAAAUUGAAUUGUCAUUUGAAACUGCAUUUUGUAUUUCCUUGGGUUGUCUCUGUGUGACAUUAAAAUUGAAAAACCUAC